CAGUAUGUCCCAAUGGAGUCAAGUCCAACAACUGGAAAUAAAGUUUUUGGAGCAGGUAGACCAGUUCUAUGAUGAUAACUUCCCCAUGGAAAUCCGGCACCUACUAGCACAAUGGAUAGAAAGCCAAGAUUGGGAGGCUGCAUCUAACAAUGAAGCAAUGGCAACGAUCCUUUUACAGAAUUUGCUAAUACAAGUGGAUGAACAGCUGGACCGAGUUUCGCAGGAGAAGAAUCUUCUCUUGAUACACAACCUGAAAAGAAUCAGGAAGUUGCUACAGGGCAAAUAUCAUGGUAAUCCCAUGCAUAUAGCAGUGAUCAUCUCAAACUGUUUAAGAGAAGAAAGAAGAAUAUUGGCUGCAGCUAGCAUGCCUGUACAGGGGCCACUGGAAAAGUCUCUGCAAAACUCCGUGGUUUCAGAACGACAAAGAAACGUAGAGCACAAAGUGUCAGCCAUCAAGAACAGUGCUCAGAUGACUGACCAAGAUGUCAAAUACUUGGAAGACUUGCAAGAGGAAUUUGACUUCAGGUAUAAAACAAUACAAAGCUUAGAGCAGAGUGAUAAAAACAGCGCCCUCAUUAAACAGGAAAUGUUGGCCUUGCAGGCAAUGCUCAAUACUUUAGACUACAAGAGAAAGGAGGUACUCAGUAAAAUAGGGCGUGUGAUUCAUGAAAUAGAUAUGCUUAUGAGCAACAUGCUGACUGAAGAGCUGCUAGACUGGAAGAGACGGCAACAGAUUGCCUGUAUUGGGGGUCCUCUCCAUGGUGGGCUUGAUCAGCUCCAGAACUGUUUUACGCUGUUGGCAGAGAGUCUCUUUCAAGUUAGAAGGCAACUAGAAAAACUGGAUGAACUGUUGACCAGACUGACUUACGAUGGUGACCCUAUCCCAGUGCAAAGACCUCAGCUGCUGGAAAAAGUCAACUUUCUGCUCUACAAUCUUUUCCGGAAUUCAUUCGUGGUUGAAAGGCAGCCCUGCAUGCCAACACAUCCCCAGAGGCCGAUGGUUCUUAAAACGUUAAUACAGUUCACUGUUAAAUUAAGGUUGCUAAUUAAAUUGCCAGAACUGAACUACCAGAUCAGAGUGAAGGCAACUAUUGACAAGAAUGUUUCAACUGUAAGUAAUCGUAGAUUUGUUCUGUGUGGAACACACGUGAAAGCAAUGAACAUGGAUGAAUCUGCAAACGGAAGCCUGUCGGUGGAAUUUCGACAUUUGCAACCCAAAGAAAUGAAAUCAAGUGCUGGAAGCAAAGGAAAUGAGGGCCCUCACAUGGUGACAGAGGAACUGCACUCCAUCAGCUUUGAAACACAGGUCUGCCUGUAUGGAUUGACUAUAAAUUUGGAAACCAGCUCUUUGCCUGUGGUGAUGAUUUCCAAUGUCAGCCAACUACCCAAUGCUUGGGCUUCUAUUAUUUGGUACAAUCUGUCAACCAACGAUCCUCAGAAUUUGUCUUUUUUCAACAAUCCCCCUGCUGCCACUUUAAGUCAGCUCUUAGAAGUGCUGAGCUGGCAAUUUUCAUCGUAUGUUGGUCGUGGACUCAAUUCUGAGCAGCUCAACAUGCUGGCAGAGAAACUUAUGGGACAACAAGUCAGUUACAAUGAUUAUCAACUAUCCUGGGCAAAGUUCUGCAAGGAACAUUUGCCUGGAAAGUCUUUUACCUUUUGGGUUUGGCUUGAAGCCAUCCUGGACUUAAUUAAAAAACACAUUCUUCCUCUUUGGAUUGAUGGGUACAUAAUGGGAUUUGUAAGCAAAGAGAAGGAACGAAUUUUGCUCAAAGACAAGAUACCGGGAACAUUUUUAUUAAGGUUUAGUGAAAGCAAUCUGGGUGGAAUUACCUUUACUUGGGUGGACCAGUUAGAAAAUGGAGAUGUAACAUUUCAUUCAGUGGAGCCCUAUAACAAAGGUCGUUUAUCUGCACUGCCUUUUGCUGACAUACUGCGCGAUUACAAAGUUAUUAUGGCAGACAACGUUCCUGAAAACCCGCUGAAGUAUCUGUAUCCAGACAUUCCCAAAGAUAAGGCCUUUGGCAAACACUACAGCUGUCAGCCAAAUGAAGUCUCAAAGCCCUCAGAUGGAGGAGGCAAAGGUUAUGUUCCUUCUGUAUUUAUCCCAGUCUCCAAAAUCUUAAAUGAUUCUACAGAUCCACAUUCUCCAUCAGAUCUUCUUCCAAUGUCUCCAAGUGUUUAUGCUGUGCUGAGAGAACACCUGAGUCCCACAGUGAUUGAAACUGCCCUGAGUUCUCCUUACUCAACUGACUGAAGUACACAUACUGGAAAAAUUACCAAUUGUGUGAACAACAGAUUGGUUAAAAAUGCAGGGGGGUUUGGUGAUCUUUGUAAAUUAACAUUUCCCAGAAACCAUUAUGAUAUUAUUCUUGGGCCUCAUUCUGUUAUCAAUACUAUGUAAACCAGGAAUCUUUUCUCCCUAUGGAUUACAAAUAGCCUUCAGCAAGUCACAUUGCUGUCCUCACUGAUAAAAAGCCAAAUCCUUUCCGGCUUGGAGGCCAUUUGGCUUCAGUGGGGUCCAAUAGGGAUAAAUUUUACUUGGAGAGUUAACAUCCGUAGAAUUGCUGUAAAUAUGAGAGUAUAAGAACAAAAGGUUUUGCUUCUGAAAAAAGCAUAUAAGGAUAACUAAAGACAUUAACAUGUUUGAGGAAAUUAGGAUUUAUUAUGUUAAAUAGUUUCUGUUUAAUCAGCAUCUUGUAUACCAUUGGUUUAGUUUCUGUUUUAAAGUGAAGAUUCUCAUCUCCCCAAGUUCGAAUGUCUCAUAGGUGCUGGGGUUUGCUUUUUUUCAAAGAUGAAUUACCUUCAGCAUAGAUUUUUAUCUGCCACCACAGCAGAAGCUGUGGAAGGAAGGCAGGCAGGCAAGGCUGCAAAGAGAAAGCAGUUCCAGAAAGGAAACAGACACAAAACUUGUGGUGUCAAAAAGGCUGUCUCUAUUUUGCCACUGGAAGAGAGGGUUAGUAAAAGUUACGCCUUUCACAAAAUAGUUGCAGAACUAAAUCUACUUGUGCAUGAAGCACUCAGAUACUACAUCAAGUACUAUCAGAAAGUCUACAAAGAAAAAAACUCCUGGCCUGACAGAGUUUGGAUACUAUCUGUUAAAAGCGGACUGGGAAGCGCAGUUUUAGAAAACAGUUACUGAAGAGCUGUAGCAUUUGCUGACCACUGGGCAAUUUGCACAACAUGACACAAUAUUACAUGUCUGUCAGAGACUCAUUUAAUAAGCAGAAGAAUUAGCUUCUUUAUAAAUUGUAAAUUGCCUUUUAAAUUUUUUUUUUUUCUUUCAGGCAUUGUUUAGUGCUGGGUUUGCAUUGUUUGGUUCUGUUGUUUGGGUUUUUCCCCCCAAUAUUAUCUCUAAAAAUUCUGUUAAUAGAGUAAUAAACAGGUAAUUCCAACGCCAUUGUAUUUGAUGUACACAGGCUCAUUCAAGAUUUAAUUCUUGUCUGCAGAAUGCAGGGUUCAUGCAUACAAAGUUCUUAAAAUGCAUAUGAACACUUGAGCAUUUGCACCUUACACUCUUCUUGAGUAGGUACAAAUUAGACAUGAUGAAAACAUAACCUCCUUGAAUCAGUAAGACCUGAAUUUUACUUUCAUUUCUUGUUUUUUACUCACUCCUCUCACCCAUAUUACUGACCUUAGUUGAAAGCAGGUGCAUGGAAACAGAGUAAUGAGAUGUUUCUGUGACACACGGGAGUAGGUUUUAAAUGAAUGACCACGUCUUUGUUCAUUAAUCUGAGGGAUUCAAAACAAGCUGCAGAUAGGAAGUAAUUUUCUCUCAAAGCAUCAUGUAUAAAUAACUUUCUAGACCAACAAGAGCAGUUCUGUAUAUAGUUUGGUAACAUCUGUAAUUUAUAUGACCAGUAUGAAUAAAACCAGACUUUGGCUUAAAGUUGGAUACCUGGACUUUUGUGGAAUUUUGUCAAGCUACUAGAAAAAUAGUCUUGCCACCUUUUUGUUGAUCUCAAGUCUGAACUACAAGC